AUGGAGGUGCAGUUAGGGCUGGGAAGGGUCUACCCACGGCCCCCAUCCAAAACCUAUCGAGGAGCUUUCCAGAAUCUGUUCCAGAGUGUGCGCGAAGCGAUCCAGAACCCGGGCCCCAGGCACCCCGAGGCCGCUAGCAUAGCACCUCCCGGUGCCUGUUUGCAGCAGCGGCAAGAGACUAGCCCACGGCGGCGGCGGCGGCAGCAGCAAGGCGAGGAUGGCUCUCCCCAAGCCCACAUCAGAGGCCCCACAGGCUACCUGGCCCUGGAGGAGGAAGAGCCACCUUCACAGCAGCAGUCAGCCUCUGAGGGCCACCCUGAGAGCGGCUGCCUCCCAGAGCCUGGGACUGCCACAGCUCCUGGCAAGGGGCUGCCGAAGGAGCCACCAGCUCCUCCAGAUGAGGAUGACUCAGCUGCCCCAUCCACGUUGUCCCUGCUGGGCCCCACUUUCCCAGGCUUAAGCAGCUGCUCCACCGACAUUAAAGACAUCCUGAGUGAGGCAGGCACCAUGCAACUUCUUCAGCAGCAACAGCAGCAGCAGCAGCAGCAGCAGCAGCAACAGCAGCAGCAGGAGGUAAUAUCUGAAGGCAGUGGCAGCAGCGCGAGAGCAAGGGAGGCCACUGGGGCUCCCUCUUCCUCCAAGGAUAGUUACCUAGGGGGCAAUUCGACCAUAUCUGACAGUGCCAAGGAGUUGUGUAAAGCAGUGUCUGUGUCCAUGGGAUUGGGUGUGGAAGCAUUGGAACAUCUGAGUCCAGGGGAACAGCUUCGGGGAGAUUGCAUGUACGCGUCGCUCCUGGGAGGUCCACCAGCGGUGCGUCCCGCUCCUUGUGCACCACUGGCCGAAUGCAAAGGUCUUCCCCUGGACGAAGGCCCGGGCAAAGGCACAGAAGAGACUGCUGAGUAUUCCUCUUUCAAGGGAGGUUAUGCCAAAGGGCUGGAAAGCGAGAGUCUGAGCUGCUCUGGCAGUGGUGAAGCAGGUAGCUCUGGGACACUUGAGAUCCCGUCCACUCUGUCUCUGUAUAAAUCCGGAGCAGUGGAUGAGGCAGCAGCAUACCAGAAUCGCGACUACUACAACUUUCCUCUGGCUCUGACCGGACCUUCACACCCCCAGCCCCCUACUCAUCCACACACCCGCAUCAAGCUGGAGAACCCUCUGGACUACGGCAGCGCCUGGGCUGCGGCCGCAGCGCAAUGCCGCUACGGGGACUUGGCUAGCCUACAUGGAGGGAGUGCAGCCGGACCCAGCACUGGAUCGCCCCCAGCCACCGCCUCUUCUUCCUGGCACACUCUCUUCACAGCUGAAGAAGGCCAAUUAUAUGGGCCAGGCGGCGGGGGCGGCAACAGCAGCCCAAGUGAGGCUGGGCCUGUAGCCCCCUAUGGCUACACUCGUCCCCCUCAGGGGCUGGCUGGCCAAGAAGGUGACUUCUCUGCCUCCGAAGUGUGGUAUCCCAGUGGAGUGGUGAACAGAGUACCCUAUCCCAGUCCCAGUUGCGUCAAAAGUGAGAUGGGACCUUGGAUGGAGAACUACCCCGGACCUUAUGGAGACAUGCGGUAA